UUCAGGCUUCACUUCCCAGACCUUUAUUCUUCUAAGCAAAGUUUAUUCUUUCACAUGAUGGACUCUGUUAACCAUACAGGCACAAAGUUCUUGUAUAACUAACCUGAACCUUCAACUUUAAAUGCGCUGCCAAGUCCCUUACAAGCCCCCUUUCUCUUGAGGCAGAAGACACGUUACAUGCGGUAAUGGAGCAGAACAACAACAAUGUAGAAGAUUUUUCCUUGAAUGUCUUUUCUGUCACUCCUUAUCAGCCAAAUAGAUCUGAUAUCCUGGUAUCAGAUGGGGAUAAAGCCGGCGCCACUUUGCUAUUUUCAGGUGUGUUUUUGGGACUGGUGGGGAUCACUUUCACCGUUAUGGGAUGGAUAAAAUAUGAUGGCAUUACUCACCUGGAGUGGACUCAGUUGUUAGGACCUAUUCUGCUCUCUGUUGGGGUGACUUUUAUUCUGAUUGCUGUUUGUAAAUUUAACAUGCUUACAUGCAAGACCUGUAAAGAAGGAGAUGAAAAUGUGUCAGACCUCGACCAGACUGCAAGUGGACAGUCCUUUGUCUUCACCGGCAUUAACCAGCCUAUAACUUUUCACGGUGCCACAGUGGUACAGUACAUCCCUCCACCAUACCCAGCCCAGGAAGGCAUUGCUGUGGGUUCUGGUUACCUUCACCCGGUGUUCAGCUGCUGCGGUGCCGUUUCGUCCAGCACCUCACCAAUUCCCUCCCCGGGCUCUCCUCACUUCUGCCCUGCCUACCCCCUGGAUAACCUGGCUUUCACCGGAGACGAGAACUACGCUUCUUAUCCCGCAGAGCGUACCAGGAGUCAGAGGUCAGAGGACAGUUCUGAUGAGCCAGAAGAGCUGCUGGAAGACUACGCCUGUGAUGACUUGUCACCUCCUCGUUAUGAGGAAAUAUACCCACUGUCUUCAUAAAAUAACCAUGGAUGACAUAUGACACUUCUAAGAGACACCAGUUAUUUAAUCCCCAAGAAUGUUUUCUUUAAACACUUGCAUGAUAAGCAGGUGUGAGCAAGCCCUUUAUACUGAUACACAGUUCAGUAUAACUGAAAAUCUUUAACCAAUCUUUUUUUUUCUCCCUCAAAAAUUCAUUAGCUCUUUCCUACUCAGUUUAAUAGUAGAGGUAUUAAUUAUUUAAUAGCAAAACUAUUAAUAGUAAAUUCAAGGAUCUAUAUCCAUAUUAGGGUUCCCAACAAGAAGUCCAGUUUUCAGACUUGCUGAAACCAGUGUGAACUGUGAAUGCACAAGAUGUUUGUCAGGAUUGAUCCUGGACAUUCAGCAUCAUUAUAAAACAUUUGCUUUGUUCACUAUAUAUUUUCCCAUUUGGUUGCUUGGGAGUCUUUAAAAGUGCCCAAGUGUCUGAUCGUGAAAGUGCCUAUAAUGUCUUAAUUCUGUCUGAUUCCUCGGACUACAUCACUCCUUAAUAAGUCCAGUCUACAGAUUAGACUUUCUCUGCUUGGUUCAUAUGUCAUGUAGGCAUUUUUGGAGCAUCCUGCUCAAAUCAAAGCACCCCAGAACAGACAAAAUACAAAUGGUGACCUCUGCCCAUUUUUACCCAGACCUCUAAGAGAUCCUGUGUGCAUCAAAUUCAGUUCUCUUCCACACCUGAUGGGAUGCAAAGCACUACCUCUCACCAAGAGUCCUCGUAACUACUAUGUUAGUGUCCCUAAAUAAAAUGGCACCUUUCUGAAGCCUUGUCAGAGCUGUGUGGUCCUACCAGUUUUAAAGGCUUUAAUGAUCACAGUUUCUCCCUGCUGUGCCCUCAUUCUAGUGCAACUCUUCCUGAGGUCCCUUCUUGUCUGAAUGUGGGUCUUAAGCGCACAAUGCGGCCUUUAGAUUUCCUCAGAGCAUCCAGGUAAUUAUGGGCUGCAGUGAAUUCAAGUUCAGCUUUCAGGAUCAACAUGGUUCCAGACAUUGUAUCUACAAAUCACAGCUGUGUCUAACAAAGGAUGAGGUGCAGAAACUCCAAAAUCUUGCAAUCCAGGCUAAAGGUCUCAAAGAGCUUUGCUCUAGAGCUAUCUAAACCCCAGGGCAAUGAGAAUGCCACGAGUCCUUUCAUUUUUGUUUUGUAUUUCCACAUAUUCUUCAAGUUCUGCUUUUGACUGUUCCUAGAAAUGCCCUGACACAGCUGGACAAGUCAGGAUCUCCCUGUGCAGGAUCCCAUCAGUUUUGCAUAUCUCCCUCAAAUGACUCAAACCAAAAUCUGUUCUCAGCCCAUGCAGGCACCAUGCAAAAUGAUCUAGAGGUCCAUGGUCAUGUCCAAACUGACCAAGCAGUGUGCUGCUGGUAUGCCAGCAGGUCAGUCUCCUGGCUUGAAAUGUUAUGGUGAAAAGUGGGUGUCCACUAUAGAACGCAUGAACCUCACCUUACUUGCAAACACAGCUCUUGCCAUUUGUCAUUGAUCUAUGAUGGAUCUCAUUCCUGAGGGCUAGAGAAGCCUAAUAUUGAGCAGGGGUAGGCAGUAUGGGAUGUACCUGGCAGCUGGAAGUCACUGAGUGUCCAUGCAGCCUCACUAGCAAGCAGGACAUCUAACUGCAGAUGGAGAGGUGCAUUCUGAACAUUGUCCAGUUGCAUGGAGUUCCAGGUGUGCAUUCACCUCCCUGUCCUGUAUACUUAGACGAUGCCAAGAAAUAAAGCAUUUUUGGAGAGGAACAAGACAACCACUGUGCUCCACAGUGAUGGGUGUGACAAUGACAGGUCAUAUUUGGGACACAACAUGUAAACCGAAUAAAAGCUGGAUUAGCAACUGCAGCAACAGCUUCUAGUAGUGACUACAAAUAUGUGAGUGCUUUUUCUCACAAGAGAAAUAUGGGGCACACUGGUUUUCAGCAGUGACAGCCUAGUGUUAGCAGGCAGGUAUGUACAGUUGUAGAAAGGCAGGCAUUCUGUGUUUAUCAUGAUCUCUAUAGGACUGAGUGAGAGAACAUAAGGUCUAAAAAUAAAUGCAAGUUUCUCUUAUAGAAAUCUCUUGCUCCUCUUCCAGAAUCUACAGGGAAAUGAACUCACCCUCCCUUCACAGUGGGAAACUGGAAGGUUGCAAAUCCCCAGUUGGUUCCACACGGACAGAUCCCUGCAUUUAGCGUGUAGUUCUGCUGACUCCAGCAGGCAGUGCAGGAGCACAGAGGUCAGGCUUGACAGAUCCAAUUGCAGGAUCAGGCUCAAAAUUUCUACCUGAUCACCUUGCCUCACAAGAAAAUGCCUUCAGUCAGAAACUACAGACUUCUACUGUUGCUCUUAUUUUUUUUUUUUUCCAAAUAUGUGGCAUAAGCAUGUUUCGUGGGGUAAUUCUGGCUUUAUUUUUAUGAUGCCAAAUCGUACUGUUGGAGUAAAUAUGAGAAAUCCAGAAGGUUGCCCUGUGGACUCCAUAUCAGGUUUAGAGUUUACUUCUGUAUACACUGAGUUCGCUGAAAGAGACCUGGAUUUCUUUUUGGAAAGAAGGUUGAAUAAAUAAAUUUAAAUGAC